GGUCCCCAGGCUUCAGCCUUGCUUCACCAUCCAGCUGUCGCGCUUUCACGGGACAUACCUCACGUUAUUUUCGUGCAGCACCGAAACGCAGUCUCUCUUCUUGUCCACCCCAUCACGAUAUUAUCGCUUCUGCCAACAAUUUCCCUGUCCCCCUCCUGCCAACUGUUUCCUCUUGCCAUCUGAGUUCUUUUUCUCUUCCUUCUCUCUAUUCCUACCUGAUUAGCGCUACCCAGCAGACGCCGUGGGCCACUCACAAGUCGACAUGGCCCCUGCUCCGGCGGCUCCGCCAGCGCUCCCUCCUUCGGUCGAGGAGGCCUACCGCCGGAAGUGCAUCCAGUUGAAGCAGCGGACGAGCGAAGUCGAAGAGGCAAACGAUGCCGCCAGGCUGCGCCUCGCCCGCCUCAAGCGCCAAGUCGAGAAGAUGCGGUUGGAGCGAGCCUUCCUUCUGGAGCAGCUGGCCAAGCGGACAAGCACAAACGUGGAGGAUUCAGACGGCAGCCCGAGCCCACCGCCGACACCGAAGGAGAAGCCGCUGCGCAUCAAGCGUGGGCACCGCAAGCCGUCGGCAUUUCCCAACCUCGACGCGCUCUCCUCUCACACCACCGCCACCCCCGGCUCAACCGGCAUCGGCCAGAACCGGCUAGUCGACUCGCCCAGCUCCGACGCCCAGUCGGGCGCGCAGCAGGGAGACGGCUCGUCGAGUAAGACGAACGGUACGCACAAGGGCGCUCCUCCCAAGAAGCCCGCCAGCGCAUUCGACCUGUACUGCGAGGAGACGCGGCCGUCGGUCGUGCAAGAACAAGCCAAAGACGCCGAGGGAGGCGACCGCAACAACGACGACGCGAUCGACGAGGAGCUCGCCCGGCGCUGGGACAGCCUGCCAGACGACCGGCGGAACGCGUAUAGCGAUCGGGCCGGGCGGCUGCUGGCCGAGUACGAGAAGGAGAAGGCCGCGUACGACGCCAAGGGCAAGGGCAAGGACAAGACGACGGCGGCGGCGGCGGACAGCGGCGCGAAGGCGGACAAGGACAAGUCCGACGAGUCGACAGAGCCGGAGCGGCCGGCGGCGCGGGAGGGAGCGGACGCGCGCGCGGCGCAGGAGGACGUCGACAUGGCGAAUUCGGACACGGACCAGGAGACGCCGGGGGAGAAGGCCGCGGCGUAGAGAUGCCGGCGGCCUUCCCUCGUCUGGUGGUCCGCGCCGUUUUUGGGGAGCAGCUAGCUAGCUAGGUCUUUUUGCUCUGGGGCGAUGGGGAGAUAUCAGAGAUAUCAGAGGAGCCCCUACUCUGCUGCCGGCUUUGGCUUUGCAUUCCGGGGUGCGGAUGCUCUCGAAGUGCUGACUUCGAUGUUGUAUUCCACAAGCAGUCUCUAGAUUCUGUAACGGGCUGGGUGCUGGGAUGGUAAGGGGCAGACAGCUACGGACAUGGCGUCGGUAAUGGGUAAUGGAUUCGGGAUUUUUUUUUUUUCGACAUGAACAGAUCA